AUGUCCUCCCAAAAGCCUCAAAUCAGGGUCGCUAUCAUCGGUGCGGGCAUCGCUGGUGUCACUCUUGCUUUAGCACUCUCAGAACGCAACCCCGAUCUACACCUGUCAAUUUUUGAGUCACGUCUCCGCUUCUCAGAACUAUCAACCGGUGUUGGUUUUGGGCCCAAUGCCAUCCAAGCAAUGAACUUAAUAUCCCCCAAAAUUACAGCAGCUUAUGACAAGGCCAAAACGCCCAACAUGGGCCCAGAAAAAGCCGCCAAUAUAUGGUAUGAAAUGCGGUUUGGUGAUGGGCCUAGGGCGGGAGAGCUGAUCGCUGAGGUGCCGAGUGAGCAGGGGUUUGCACAUUGUAACGCUUCAAGAGCGCAAUUUUUGGCGAACUUAGUAGACUUACUUUCGAAAGAUGUGGAGGUCUAUUUUGGGAAGAGGGUCAUCGAUGUGGAGGAGGAUGAUGAGCUCGAAUUUGGGAAGAUGAGAGUCCGGUUUGAAGACGGGACUGACACAAAUGCCGAUGCCGUCAUCGGAUGCGAUGGUAUUCGGUCAGCUUGCCGCCGGAUCCUAUUCGGUGAAGACGAUAAGAGUGCGAAUGCAGUUUAUAGUGGGAAAUAUGCGUAUCGAAAAGUGGUGGAUAUGAAGAAAGCCAUUCGAGCGGUGGGGCCAGAGGCGCAAAAUCGACAAAUGUACUUGGGAAAAGGGGGGCAUAUUCUAACUUUUCCAAUCCGGAACGGAAAGGCGUUGAAUAUCGCUGCCUUUCGGGAUGCGGAGGGAGCCCCUUGGACGCAACGGCAAUGGGUAGUACCCAGCUCACGAGACGCAAUUCUAAAAGAUUUCGCUGGAUGGGCAGAGUACCCUAGAAAUAUACUCAAGCUGAUCGAAGACCCUGACAAGUGGGCUCUAUUCGAUACUAUCCCAUCAGAAACAUACGCACAAGACAAUUUCUGCAUCCUGGGCGAUGCAGCCCACGCAACAACUCCGCAUCUGGAUGCAGGAGCCGGUUUUGCGAUUGAAGAUGUACAUCUACUCUCUGGACUCCUCACGCCAGAGCUGGUAGAAUCACCAUCCGAUAUCAAGUAUGCUUUUCACGCCUACGAUAUCUCGAGACGGCCAAGGUGUCAAGAACUUAUCGAGAAAUCGAGGUUGCAAGGUCAACUGCUCGACUUGCAGCAACCCCAGGGAAUAUUCGAUGAGAAAAGCUUGGUGCGUACUUUGAACUGUAACCAGAAAUGGGUCUGGAAUACCGACUUGGCGGCAAAUCUUCAACGGGCAAGAUCCCUCUCGAAGGCCACAAGGUCGGAGGAUAGUGGAUGUCCUGGUCUGGAUGAAACUAUUAAGGCUGAAGCACUUCAAGCACUGAAGGCCUGUAUUUAA